AUGACAGCUGUAGACGAUGACUCCAACAAAACCAACAACUCCAUAAAAGAGAUUUCAAGACUGAAUCCAAAUCCUGAGCACAUUUCAGGUAACGAUGACAUACAUUCCACAUUUUCCAUAAAUAACAUUGGAACAGACAAAGUAUUGACCCACAUCAAGUCCAUCGAUGGUGAAAAUGUCAGUGUUACAGGAGAUGUUGAUGAAGCAAUGGAGUAUGCCCUUGAAGCAGAAUGUGAGAAAGUUGACAUUACCCCUCGUGAAGAAAAAAAACUACUAUUAAAAAUAGAUUUAUUUCUAUUGCCUUUAGUCUGUCUUCUUUACACUAUCCAGUAUAUGGAUAAAAUUUCAAUCAGUUAUGCUGCAGUUAUGGGAUUGCGUGAUCACUACCAUAUGCACGGUAACCAGUAUUCGUGGUGUGGUUCUGCUUUCUAUCUAGGCUAUUUGAUCUUUGAGUUUCCAAUGAGUCUGGCAUUGCAAAGAUUUCCUGUCUCUAAAUUCGUGUCCGCUGUUGUCAUACUGUGGGGUGUCAUUAUUUGUUUGCACGCCACUCCUUCUAACUAUGCUGGUUUCAUUACCUUGAGAACAAUCUUGGGGAUCUUAGAAUCUGCUGUCACUCCAGCUAUGGUUAUCGUGACAGGCCAGUGGUAUAAAGCUGAAGAGCAAUUUUUGAGAACUGCAAUCUGGUUUUCUUUCAAUGGUGUUGGUGUAAUAUUUGGCGGUGCCAUUGCUUACGGACUAGCAAUUAGACCUGACUCCUAUUCAAUGGAUGCAUGGAAAGUUUUAUUUAUUGUCAUUGGAUGCAUGACAUUAGCAAUAGGAAUAGCGUUUGUCUUCCAUGUUCCAGAUCUACCUGUCAAAGCCUGGUUUUUGAAUGAUCGGGAAAAAAUGCAGGCUGUUUUGAGAAUUAAGUCCAAUCAACAAGGUUUUGGAAAUAAGCACUUCAAGUUUCACCAGUUCCAAGAGGCGGUCUUGGAUAUCAAUACAUGGAUUUUCUUUUUCUUUUCUAUUGCUUUCCAAGUUCCUAACGGGUCUUUGACAAAUUUUGCAUCCAUUUUGCUCAGUGACACUUUUGGUUAUUCAGAUAAUGACUCUAUUCUAAUGAAUAUGAUUGCUGGUGCACUGACCUUUGCGGGCUGUAUUUUUCUAUGUUGGCUUCAGAAGUUCUUCAAGCAUAAACUAGGGAUUGCAACAGUUGUUGUUACUUUCAGUCUAAUUGCUUCUUGUAUGCUUGCAUUCCCAAAGCAAAGUCCACAUGCAAGAUUGGCAGGGUACUUUUUGUACAAUUUAUGUCCUGUCGGUAUGAUAUGUUGCCUAUCAUGUUUUACUUCUAAUAUUGCUGGACAUACUAAAAAAAUUACAGUCAAUGCAUUGUAUUUGAUUGGUUAUUCAGUUGGUAAUCUAAUUGGCCCUCAAACAUUUAUUGCUUCUCAAGCGCCUCAGUAUAGAGGAGGACAAAUUGCAAUGGUUGUUUGCCUCGCAGUUUCCUCCGUACUGAUUGCGUGGGUGUAUUACAAUUACUGGCAUGAAAAUAAAAGAAGAGAAAAGUUAGAAGCUGAAGGUCUUCUUGAAAUGCCUCAUAUCGAAAACUUUGAGUUUGCUGACCUGACGGAUAAGGAGAAUGUCUAUUUCAGAUAUACCUUAUAG